GUGGUGUGUGUGUGUGUGUCUUCAGUGCUCUGUUUCUGGUAUGCAAUUUCAUGGCAAGUUUUGAGGGUUUUUAGAUACGGGGAGAGAAUCAGUGGGGCUGUUUUGUUCUCUUCUUUUCCCUCAGGUCAUCGAAACUAUAACCCACUAAAGUCACAAACAUUAAAAAAAAAGCAAAAGCAAACGGAUCAUUUUCUCUCUUUUUAUUUAUUUAUUAUAUUUUCCUGUUUUUGUUUGCUUCUUCUUCCUCCAAACUCUAGCUGAACGUUUUACGUUUACAUGCGAGAAAGUCGGGAGUGAAAAAUACUUUUUUUUUUUGUUUUCCUUCAAAUAACAAAGCUCUCAUCUUUUCAGUUACUUUCAUUUUGUUUUCUCUUGUACUCUACUUUUCUCUUCACUGUACACUUCAAUAUUUUCUCAGCAUCAUGGAGGCAACAGAACUGCAUCACCUUUAUUUUCUCUGGAACGCUCCACAAAGUCUGAAACUUUUCUGAUCGUUGAGUGAAUUAUGCUAAAAAAGAGAUCGAGAAGCAAGCAAGCAUUAAUGGCGGAUACGAACCAGAAACAGAGUAAACCUACGCCCAAAACAUUUCCACGCCUCUUCACAGCUUUCACCAGCUUCAAAAGCUUCACUGAAAACGACGCCGUCGCGAGCCCAACCUCAAUCCUCGACGCCAAACCUUUCUCUGCUUUGAAAAACCCUUUUGUAUCCGAUAACCCGAAAACCCACGAACCCGAGACCCGGCUCAAGCUCGAACCCACAAGAAUCGGACUCGCCAUUGUCCAAGAUGAAAACCCGGUACCCGAAUUAUUCUCCCGACCAAGAUCCGGAACAGUACUAUUCGGGUCACAACUCAGGAUCCGGGUCCCGGAUUCUCCACGAUCCUCGUCGGAUUUCGGGACCAAAACGAAAAAUUCUCCGGUUUCUCCUCCGCCGGAAGAGACGAAGAAAGCGGGUAUCGGGUCGACCCGAAUCUUCACGGGCUACUUCUCGAUCAGCGAGAUGGAACUAUCGGAGGACUACACGUGCGUGACGUGUCACGGGCCUAACCCGAAAACGAUCCAUAUAUUCGAUAACUGUAUCGUUGAGAGACAGCCCGGCGUCGUUUUCUUUCGAAGCUCCGACCCGGUUAACGAUUCGGAUUGUAUACCACCCGACAGCUUUCUCAGUAGCUGCUGUAACUGUAAGAAGAAUCUUGGACCUCGUGAUGACAUUUUCAUGUACAGGGGAGAUAGAGCCUUCUGUAGCAGCGAAUGCAGGUCUUUGGAGAUGAUGUCGGAAGAAACUGACAAUUAAAUAUGCUUACUGAUAUUAAAAAGAUGUCAUGAUAAUGACUCAAAUAAAUAAGAAAUUGUAGUGUUAAGAAAAUAAUUAUGUUUAGAUAUAAAUUUUGUUUAAUUGCUUUACUUGUUUGCUCCGGGCAGAGUUGGUAUCUGUAUCCAUCAGUCAAUAUAUGUGUAUUAUGUAUUAUGCGUCUACAUGAUGCAUAGUCAUAUAUAUCUUUUACUUUAAUCGUUACUUUUAAACAUGUAAUAAUAGUAGAGAGCACAAUAAACUAA